AUGUCUAUUAUAUUCACUCGCGAACAGCAGCAAGCUAUAAAGGCAGCUAUCGCGUUAGCGAAAAUAGAUAUGAAACUCUUUAUCGAAGCUAACUCGGGCAACUUCCGCAAAAGACUUGCGCAAGUGAAAGCCUACUUCAUUUGCACAUCGGGAGAGGCUAAGUCUAUUGUCUUGGCUUACAUGGACCUUGACGCUGAAAACGUACAAGACGCAGCAGGAGUACUAAAAGCCUUGGACGAACGAUUCUUCGACCACAACCGCUCUUCACCGAUGGCAAAGGAGCGUCGGGAACGCUUUAGAAGCCUUCGCACCGCUGACCCAGACUCUAUGUGUUUCAGUUAUGGCAAGAAAGGCCACUUCAAAGCAGACUGCUUGAACAUAAAGCUAAAGCAAAAGAUAGCUAAGAUAGAUAUCGAAGAAGUGGAAAAGGACGACAUCCUCUUCGUAGGAGGGAAGCAGUCUUUAGUACCGAUAGAACUAGCUCGAAAUGGAUUAUUCAUCAAAACAAUCGCACAUCUUGAUAGCGGAGCAAAUAUCUUCGGCGCUCUUCAAAUAGCUUUAGCUUACAAGCUGAGCAAAGCCUUGAGUGUCCUUUUCCUUAAACUACUUCAGCUAAUCGUCCUUACUGGCUACGAUAGUGCUAAAAGAGAACCUAUACGCUAG